UUUUUAUUACUUUUUGAUCAUGUGCUGCGGAUACUCACUAUGUGAUACGACCCCGGUUCAUUUGUGUUUAUAAGCGUAAAAUCAGUACAUAUGAAUCAUAAAGAGGUUUCCGGGAAGACGGCUAAAUUCGUUUACCUAUUAUUGCAGUAAUUUGGUAUACUCCCCUGGUUCUGAUGUAAUUGUUCCAUUGCUAUAUAUGAGGACGAAAUCCGGGGAAAUGUUUAAUUCAGACUCUGUACUUGACACUUUGGUCGUAUCUACGAAUGGUUCAACGAGCCAUAUCAGCAGAAAAAAAGAACUAGGCCAACAAAUCAAGAAUUACACCACAUCCGUUUGUUUCUCUUUCUUCAUUAUUUACAAAACAUCCUUCUUCAACUUACAUCAUCCACUGUUCAUCAUGUCAGAUAAGAACACAAUUCCAUUAUACUCGGGCAAAUAUUUCUUGGCUAGUGCUCUCGCCGGUAUUCUUGCUUGCGGACCGACACAUUCACUUGUGACACCUUUGGAUUUGGUUAAAUGCCGUAACCAGGUAAGCGCGCAUAUUCAUAAUAUAUCAUACUGCCUAUCGUUUUGCAUUGAACGGUGUCCGUAAUCGAAUUGACAUGAUUCGCGUCUUUUCAAUGGUUGUAGGUCAAACCCGGAUUGUAUAAAGGCGUUUUUAAUGGCUGGAAAACGAUUGCUAAGGCUGAAGGCUUCCGUGGCGUCUUCACCGGUGUAGGUCCUACUUUCAUCGGUUAUUCAUU